AUGUAUGACAUCUACUGUGUUAUCAAUAAACUUUCAACCUUUAGUUUCUUAUAUAAGAUAAGAAUCAUUUAUUUAAACAAUUAUAAUUGUCCAACUGUUAAAUUUUACAGUUAAUGUAAUUUUUAAGGAACAUUAUUUUAAAUAACUAAAGGAUAAAUAGUACAAUUAUCAAAUAAGAUUCCAUUGAAAAUUAAAUCUAUUAAUAUUUGUUCAAAUGUUGUAGUGUAUCUCAAGAGCCCGAAUUAUUUCGAAUCAAAAACACAAGAAUUUACUACUUCAUAAUCUUGCAUAACUAGCUAUAAAGUACAUACUUAAUUAGAUUUAAUUAGUUUCCUAAAUAUGUAUAACCAACAUGA